UGACUAAAGCCUUAAAUACUACGGCUCCGAACUCAAAGAGUUAUGUCAAAUGGUAAACUAAUAUACAGUGUUUUAUUUAACUAGUACGGAAAAUCUUAACCCAAAGGAAAUGCAGAAAUAAAUUCUUUGGAGAAUUCUCUUUUAACUUAUGAGAAUCAUUAUGGCGCGAUUAGGGCAGAGUUUAUUACGGAUUGAAGGACUUACAAAGUCAGCAGCCUUAGGCAGCUUGUUUCCAGAGGCAUCCAGUGACUCCUUUGAUGGCGUCUAUCUACAUCGUUUGGGGUCGACUAACGCUGCGGCCAUCGUUUACCGAACUACAUAUCACGCAGAUAAAUCUCGUCUUAUAAGGAGGUAUGGUUAUGAAGAGAAAAUCUGGAAUGGAGGUUUGAUGCCGCGUGGAGAAGGGAAACGAUUACCAAUUCCAGAAUACAGGCCAGCAAAUCCUUGGACUGAGCGUAAGGCAUUAUUUGGUCAGAAUGACUAUAUUGACAUUCUCGGACCUGGAAAUUUACAUCCAGUAAAAACUUUAUACUCUGUACCAUCAUGGAUAAGGGGUGUAACAGGGAGUGAAUAUCAUAUAUUGCUUCGAAAAAGAAAAAUGUGGGCAAGAACUGGAACCCCACUUGUAAGACCAACUAAGUGGAAAGAGUAUGAAAAACGCCUAGCCUUUUUGUACAGGAAACUAAAUAGGAAAACCAAAACGGGACGUUCUUCGACAUAAACAAGAUAUUAAUUAUUGUAGUAUGUAGUCACAUAAGUAUAAUUAUUAUUAAUAAAC